AAGCUCUCUGCUGUCCCUAUUGCUCUCUACUUAUCUCCUUGUCCGCCUCCCCGCCCUCGUUUACUGAGGCCUCUUCUUCUUACUCCUUCUGGGCCGUUUCUUUACCUCCCAUAAAUUUAGAUAACGCAUAGGGACAUCCACCAUGGUUCUCCGCUAUUUCACCGGUGUUGUAUUCGUGGCCCUCCUGGUGUGGGGACUAUAUCUGCUCCUUACUGGCCAGGGUGAGCGGUUCAAUGUCGGCUACUUCUUGGAGUCAGUCUCCCCUUACGCUUGGGCCAACCUUGGUAUUGCCAUGUGCAUUGGCCUGUCGGUCGUCGGCGCUGGAUGGGGUAUCUUCCUAACGGGGUCUUCCAUCGUCGGCGGUGGUGUCAAGGCACCCAGAAUCCGUACCAAGAACUUGAUCUCUAUCAUUUUCUGCGAGGUCGUCGCCAUUUACGGUGUUAUCAUGGCGAUCGUUUUCUCCUCCAAACUCAACCUUGUUGAUAACGAUGGUAUCUUCUCUGGAAGCGACUACUACACUGGCUACGCACUUUUCUGGGCGGGUAUUACCGUUGGCGCAUGCAAUCUGAUCUGUGGUAUCUCUGUCGGCAUCAAUGGUAGUGGUGCAGCUUUGGCCGAUGCUGCGGACCCUAGCUUGUUCGUCAAGAUCCUCGUCAUUGAGAUUUUCAGCUCUGUCCUCGGUCUCUUCGGUCUCAUUGUUGGACUUUUGGUGGGUGGCAAGGCACUGGACUUCGGUGCCGCUUGAGAGCGUAGCGAUCGCGCUGAAGCUUGUUGUUGGUGGGGAUGAAUUGUAUGACUUAUAUCACGUUUGUCGUCUCGUUUUAUGUUCGUUGUCAUCCUUUAUCUACUGCAUCGGGGCGUACGGAUUCGAUUCAAAUGUAGAACCUUGUUUUGGCUAUGCGUGCGAAAUGCAUUGUUAAUCUCGCUGCUUGGCCUGAUAUUGCGAUGGAGAAAGAGAUGUAUAGUAAUUGGCAGCGGGGCUGACCUAAGAAUAUAAAAGUGG